CUGUCUCGGUGCAGAGAAGCUUCGGUUUGGACGAAAUCGCCUGAAACAAAUGUGUGUGUGAGACCGGAGCUUCAGCGAGAACGGACCCGAGCCGCGGAGCCCGGGAGGCGGGUAACAGAUCUGACGGCGAAUGCCUCCCACGGCGCGGACCUCUGCCGGGAGGAGGAGAAAGAAACCGGAUGAGAAGCUCCCGGAGCCACCGAGCGAGUCGACUUCUGCUCAGGUGAUGGCGCCCACGCGGAUGAAACUGCGCGUGCGUCGCCGUGAUGCUGCAGGUGCAGGUCCAGGUGCGGCAGGAGGCGAUCAGCCUGAGGAGGAGGAGGAGGAGGAGGAGGAGGUGAGGAGUCGAGAGAGCCGCAGCAGCAGCCGCAGGAAGAACUCCAGCAAAGCUUCAACCGCAGCCGCCGCCACCACCUCCUCUCCACCCACCUCCUCUCCUCCCACCUCCUCCGCCUCAGCGAGGGCGGUGGUCGCGGCAGAGGACGCCUCGCCCGACUCCAAGUGCCCCAUCUGUCUGGACCGCUUCAACAACCUGGCGUACCUGGACCGAUGCCUGCACCGCUUCUGCUUCCCCUGCAUCCAGGAGUGGUCCCACAACAAGGCCGAGUGCCCGCUCUGCAAGCAGCCGUUCGCCUCCAUCUUGCACUCGGUCCGCGCCGAGGACGACUUCAAGGAGUACACGCUGCGGCCGCCGCCGGCCAACAGCAGCGUCGCCGCCACCGUGGCAAUGGUGGCGGCGAUGGCGUCAGCGGCAAGGAGCAACCAUCAAAUGAGGUUGAUGUUGAGGAGACACCGGACGGCAGACGGUCUAGAGACGAACACGAGGAGGCGGAGGAGAGAGAGGGGGGGAAGAGGAGGAGGAAACAGGAGAUCGGGGGUGUGGGAGUGGUACCUCGAUUCUCCCCCUCUUCCUCUCCCUCCUCUUCCUCACCAUCCCGCCGUCUCUCCCGUGGUGGCGGAGGACAGUGGAGAGGGUGAAGACCUGGACCAGCAGAGGAUGAGGGGCGGAGCCGACCUGGCGGAGCGAGGGGUGAUCUUUGAGGGACUGACGGGCCUCGGGGGGGCGAGGACGCACAACGACCGGGCGACACGGCGCCUGAUGACCCGUCUGGCAACCAGGCAGCGGCUGCAGCGAGACGGUGGAACUGUGCGGCGUCUGAGGGAGAGAGAGACGGUGGCGUUCCGCCGCGCUCUCUACCGCAGCGGCAUACGGGUCCGUGGCGUUAACCAGGGACAGCAGUGUGACAUCACCGCAGAGAGCUUCCGUCGGAACCCCGUCCACUUGAACAAGCUUCGUCCCUGGUUGCGCCGGGAGCUCACGGUGCUCUACGGCGCCCACGGCACGCUGGUGGACAUAGUCCAACGCAUCAUCAUGGCCCAGCUCGCCCGCCACGGCCUGGAGGACUCGCCCACCAUCGAGGACGAGCUGCGUCCGUUCCUGUUGGCUCGCACCGACCACUUCCUGCACGAGCUGGUCAAUUUCGCCCGCUCACCGCUCAGUCUGGAAAACUAUGACUUGCAGGCGGUGUAUGAGCCGCCGGCCGCCGCCAUGGAGCUGGACGGGAUGAGCAGCCCCUCCGACAGCAGCUCUGUUAUCGCCAUAUCAGAGGGCGAGGAGAACGAGGCUGGAGGAGGCUCAGAGGAUGUCUUCCAAACAAGUAGCUGCCUCAGUAUGACGGGUUGGGAUGACGAGACUCCAGGCCCCUCCUACUCCACUGCUGAGCCUUCGUGUUCGCUUGCCUCCCUGUCGUUUAGCCCCGCCCCACAAGAGGCGACCAAUCAGGAGGCGGAGAAGGGGGAGGAGGAGUGUCUUAUAGUGGGAUACAAGAAGCCGAUCGCCGAGCGAACUCCUGAGCUGGUGCAGCUGUCCUCCGACUCCGAGAACGAGGAGGGGAAGGAGAAGACGACGGAGAAGCUGCCUCCACUCGCCACCACCCCUCCUCCUCUUUCCUACAUACCCACAAUCCCCCCCUCCACAUCUGCCGCCUUCCAAGAGGAGGCGGACGACAAGCAGAAGGAGAAAGAUGGCGAAGUGGGCGGGCGUUGUUCACGUGCACGUUCAUGGUCUGCCAGCUCUGGAAGGAGCCCGGAGACGGUGUGCACGCUCAGCCCAGGCGAGCGGCCGGAGGACAGCCGGAGAGACUGGAAGCAGUCCAGCAGUGAGACGGCCAGGGAGAAGGAGAAGGAGAAGGAGAAGGAGAAGAGGAAGAGGAGGAAGACGGGGCCGGACAGGAGCGGAACUCUGUGCAACCCAAACCGCUCCAUCUAUCCCGCCAUGAUGUGCCACCCCUCACAAUCCCCUUCACCGUUCCACUCCAGCGUAGAGUCCAGUUCUCCACCCGACUCCAGCUGUGAGUACCGCUGCUCCCCCCUCACCUCCUCCGCCUCCUCCCCAUCACACUCCUCCUCCGCCUUCUGCUUCUCCCCGCUGCUGUCGUCGCCACUGCCGCAGACGCCGCCCUUGCUCUCCCCCGGCGACGCUCACCACAGAGACAAACCCGGCGGGAAGAGGAAGUACAAGAGCCGCCACCUGGACAGCAACGACCGGGACCCGACCUGGAGGCCCCUCAGUGGGAACCCUGGAGAGAAGCAGCGGGAGAGGAGGAGGAAAAGGGGGAGAGACGGAGGCAGGAGGAGAGAUUCACAGAGGAGGGAGAGUGUUGGAAGUGACAGCCACAGCAAGAGGUGUCGAGAAGACCGCAGUCCCAGCGUGGAGAUCAUCUACGAGGGCACGAUCCUGUCCGACGCAGCGCACCCCCCCGCCAGGAAGCGCCGCAGGAAACGCCACCGGAAGACACGACAAAGCAGCUCUCCAGUCAUCAUCACCCUCGACAGCGACACCAGCCACGAUAACGACGUCAACAUCAGACCCGGGGGCGGCAGCAGCAGCAGCAGUCCCCUCAGCAGCCAGCAGACCGUCGACUUCUCCGACCUCCCUCCGCUCCCGUUGGUGCAUUCUGCCGGUGUGGGCGGGGCCUUGGAUGAAGAGAUCGGCGACCUGCCUGUGGACAUCCUGGACAGAGGGUCAGACGGGUCGGAGGCGGAGCCGCCGGGUCCCAUCCCCGUCGAUAACGGCAGCGAUCACGAUGUGGACGUGGAGAACGUGGAGGAGGGCGUGUCCCUGUCGGCCUGCCGCCCUCAGCCAACCGGACACAACCACUUCAUCCCCAUAACGACGGAUCAUCGCAAAAGAAACUCUGAGGUCUCGACCUCUGACACUCGUCUCCUAGCGACCAUCCUCGGCGACCUGGAGGGAUGCGCUGCUCCUCAGUGUGACCUUUCUGUGACCUUUGAACCCGGCCGUUCACCCGACUCAAGGACAAAGCGUUUUCAGGAACUGCACGAGGCGCGUUCGAAGCCGAGCAGCAGGUCAGCUGAUCUGAGAGUUCCUGAUGUCACUGAGCUGCCGCCGUGUCAUAAUUCCCCCCCGCCGCUGCCUCCUCUUCAGCAGAUGGACUUCAGGGUCGGAGAGGACGGGGUGGACGUCCCCCCGCUCCUCAGACAGGCCAGUCCGGUGCGAGCCCACAACAGAAACACGCCACCACCAUUAAAACACAAAGAUGCAGGAAGUCCUCACCCGUCCCCUGCUGACCGCCUCUCGCCUCACUCCUCUGCUGACCGCCGUUCAAAUCCCGCUGCUGACGCCCGCUUGGCCCCUGAGGCCAUCGCUCCCAAUUCAGCGCUGAAGAAAUAUUUCAAAAGCUCUCUGGCGUUGAGAGGAGUCGUGGCGCCUGACCCACGUUCGGCUGCUCUAACCACCAGCAUCAAACACACGAGUCCCGUUGAUUCAUUGUCUGCUUCUGCAAACGGCUCCACGCAUACUGAUGUUUUACCACAUCUGGACGUCAUGAACUCUUCUCAUUCGUCAGAGGAACAUUCCAGCUGUGAUGUCACAGAAGAGACUUCUUUCUCUGUUCUUAGAUCUUCACCCGUUCCCGUUGUUCCCGUUGAUCCCGUUGAUUCUGUUGAUUUCCAUUCGGCCGUCAGCGGCUGGUCCAAAGAGAAGCUGCCUCACAAUCACUCUACCUCCGGAGGCGAUCAGACUUUCGGGCCCGCCUCCUCUCGGGUGGCGCCCGCCGACUUGCCCGUUCCCAGUAGUGGUGUUGCAGGAGCCUUCCCAGCAGGUAGUGGCGUUUUCUCAGGAGUUAAUUCCAACGACACGUCUCCUCUUUUGCUUUCGACUGUUGAUUCCAGGACUCCGAGUCCCUCGUCUCCCGCCAGGUCGUUGCCCGUUGACGUCCUUCGUGAAAGUCCCAAUCGCACUGACCCCCGCUCUUCCUGUGCAGCUGCAGAGCGACUGACGGACACGUUUUCAGACGUCAGCCCUGGGGACACGUCACCACCUGUUGAUUUGCACUCUAUGAAUCCGUCCCCAGCCACUGACGGACACUUCAACCACGCAGCCUCACCCACGUCACCCAGAAAGUGUCUUUCUGAACCUCCGGUCGAGUCGCUCUCAAAACACUCAACUGAUUUAAACCAUCACAACCACUUUGAUCCUGUGGACGCUCACAGAGACGAUGGCGUCACGUCCUCCCCACACAACCAGUGGAACUCAAACGCCUCCGCUGACGCCCACUCGGACUCCUUCGCCCUUUGACGAAUGUUUGCCCAGCGCGACUUCGUGGAGCGAUUAUCCGAAAUUCACUUUUGUUUUUGACUAUUUUCGUUUUGUUGAUUUUAAAAUGUUCUUCUUCUCGUUCCUGUGGACACAUCUGAUCUCGCCUAAAAGAAUGGACAAAGAAAUAUACUUUGUUUUUGUGUGAUAGUUGUUUUUUUCUGGGGCCGGGACAAAGCAUCGAAAUAUUUAGUAUUUUCAACACAAAGAAUUUAUUCAAAGAUGUCAUCAAAACCUCGUGCCAAAAAAAUUUAAUUGUGGUUUGAUAUCUUACAGUUGAUCCCUAAACUUUAUUAUAAGUAAUAAUAAAAAAGACAAAUACAACCAAUUGUUAAAGAAAAAAAUGAGUUGAGUAAUAAUGGUUUUUCUAUGUGACCUUUUCUACGUUUUCUAAUCUGUCUUAUUUUGUUUUUCAAUAUAGCCACUAAUCGAUAAAUCAUUAGAGAUUGAGAUUUGAUGCAAAAUCCAAUUUAAACAAAAAACUACUAUUUGACUUCAACGAAAAAAAACUUACUGGUUGAUAAAUUGAUGCCUGGUCCCGCCUCCAGUUGAUGGACGAGUCUCAUUAACAUAUGAACGCAGUGUUGUUGACCACGCCUCCUGUCUCUCAAUCGAGAUCGGACGUUUUAUAAAACAGUAGCUGGAGUUAAAUAAAACAGGGAUUAAAGUAAACGUGAUGAAAUGAUUAAAUUCAAGGUGAAAAGGUAAAUACGUAAUCUGCAAAUACAUGAUUAAGUAUAAUAAGUUUGGGAUGUCACAGCUGUGGUGUGCGAUGAUUGGAAUCGUAAGCGCGUAAAUGAGCGAAGAUGUGAAAGAAGUGUAAAACCUAAAGUGAUUUAAAACUGACCAUUUGUAAGAAUGUUUAAUAAGCGGUGCCUAAAUAAAGAUGGACGACAUGACGGCUCACGUCUCAUCUGGAUCGCCCCCUGGCGGCUGUAGAAUCAUUUUGAAAGGUUUUAAUUCCUUGUAAUAUUAUUUGUUUGUUUUUGUUUUUAAUUAAAUGCUUCUCGGUGGAACUGGA